GAUCCUCGGUCGGUUUCCGGUCAGAGCAUGCCGGUCUUCGCUUGCGACGUCGCCGGGAAUCCGGCUCUCAAGGAUUUCGGCUUUUGCAACACUUCAUUAGACGUUAAGGCAAGAGUUACCGAUUUAGUAAGCCGGCUGACGUUGUCCGAGAAAAUUAGCUGGUUGGGGGACAACUCGACCGGGCUCGGCCGGCUCGGGAUUCCCGACUACCUAUGGUGGUCGGAAGCUUUGCAUGGAGUGUCGUACGUCGGGCCGGGCACCAAAUUUUCGAGCUUAGUUCCCGGCGCCACGAGCUUUCCUCAAGUUAUCCUCACCGGCGCCACCUUCAACGAGACUUUGUUCGAGGCCAUUGGCAAGGUUGUUUCUACGGAAGCACGAGCGAUGCACAACAUCGGGUUAGCGGGAUUAACAUUUUGGUCCCCGAAUGUGAACAUAUUCCGCGACCCUCGAUGGGGUCGCGGUCAGGAGACCCCCGGGGAAGACCCGUUGCUCUCUAGCAAAUACGGGGCCGGCUAUGUAAGGGGUCUACAACAACGGGACGAUGACAAGAAAGAUCGUCUCAAAGUCGCGGCGUGUUGCAAGCAUUACACCGCGUACGAUGUCGAUAAUUGGAAAGGGAUACAACGAUAUACUUUUAAUGCCAAGGUGACGCCGCAAGACUUAGAAGAUACAUUCAAUCCUCCGUUCAAGAGUUGUGUCGUCGAUGGAAAUGUGGCGAGCGUUAUGUGCUCAUACAAUCAAGUGAAUGGUAAGCCUACUUGCGCUGAUCCGGAUCUCUUGGAGGGCGUCAUCCGAGGUCAAUGGAAUCUGAACGGGUACAUUGUGACGGAUUGCGAUUCUCUUAAGGAGAUGUUCUAUUCGCAAAACUACACCAAAACUCCCGAGGAAACGGUCGCGUUGACGCUUAACGCCGGCUUGGAUCUCAACUGUGGACAGUUCCUCCAGACGUUCGCUAAAAGCGCCGUCGACAAGAAGCUCAUAAACGAGACGAUAAUCGAUAGGGCGUUGGCGAAUAACUUUGCGAUGUUGAUGAGGUUGGGAUUCUUCGAUGGUGAUCCGAGGAAGCAACUCUACGGCAACCUUGGCCCCAACGAUGUGUGCUCGCCGGCAAAUCAAGAGCUCGCCCGUGAAACGGCGCGACAAGGGAUCGUCUUGCUCAAGAACACGAAAGGCUCGCUUCCUUUAUCGUCGACCCGGAUCAAGUCCUUGGCGGUCAUCGGCCCGAAUUCUAAUGUAAACAAGACCUUGAUAGGCAACUACGAAGGAAAUCCGUGCAAGAACACGACCGUGUUGGAUGGCUUAUCAGCGGUUAUUAAGAACACAAUGUACCAAGCCGGUUGCGAAAACGUGUCGUGUGUGACAGCCCAAGUCGAGGAAGCUAAGAAGGUAGCAUCUGGUGCCGAUGCCGUGGUUUUGGUAAUGGGAUCGGAUCAGUCGAUCGAGAAGGAAAGCCUCGAUAGAGAAAAUAUUACUCUACCGGGACAACAACAACUUUUGAUAACCGAAGUUGCAAAGGUGUCGAAAGGGCCGGUAAUUCUUGUAAUAAUGUCCGGAGGAGGUAUGGACGUACAGUUUGCGAAGGACGAUCCAAAAAUCACGAGCAUCCUCUGGGUCGGAUUCCCCGGAGAAGCCGGCGGCGGAGCUGCCGCCGACAUCAUCUUCGGACUCCACAACCCAAGCGGAAAGCUACCGAUGACAUGGUACCCACAAUCAUACACGCAAAACGUGAAUAUGACUGAUAUGAACAUGAGGGCUGAUCCGGCCCGGGGUUUCCCCGGCCGGACCUAUCGGUUCUACAAGGGCCCGACCGUGUUCCCGUUCGGGUUUGGGCUAAGUUACACAAAAUUCACCCACAGCUUUGCCAAGGCGCCUCCGGCUGUCGUAAAUAUGGUUUUAGACAAAAAUCACGUCUGUCGUAAAUCGGCGUGCGCAGCCAUCGAUGUUGCGGAUGCGGCUUGUAAGCACGCCACCGUCGACAUUCACAUUAAGGUGAGGAAUAAAGGGAAGAUGGCGGGAAGCGAGACAUUGCUGUUGUUCUGGAGCCCCCCGCGGGGUCUGCGGGGGUCGCCGGAGAAGCAGCUGAUCGGGUUCCGGAAGGUUUGGGUGGCGGCGGGGGCAGAACGGGGGGCCAAAUUUAGAGUGAAUGUGUGUAAGGAUUUGAGUUUGGUGGAUGAGAAGGGCCGGCGGAAGGUGGCGUUGGGAGAGCAUGUUCUUCGUGUUGGAGGUUUGAAGCGUACUUUGAAGCUGAAGCAUGCGUAG